AGCCCAGCUUUGCGUGGUGAUCUGUCAAAAGAGGCUUGUCCCGCUCGCGACUUACUGUACCAAGCUGGCAUUAUAAUGGCAGCACUCCCCGGCGUCCACUGGCUGUAAAAGAUGACUGGCCUAUACUAUUGCAGGUGUCCUCGCAUCAGCGUGCAUAUUCGCAUGAACCCUGAUGACCAGGCGAGGGGGCCUUGAUGUCCAGGACGGUGUCUUUGAAAGGAGGCCGCAGCCUUCCCCACAGACGCCGCUUCCGGGAAGACGGGUCCGCACGCCAUGAUUGUCUUGUUGAUUUCAUCCCUCGUCCUUGUGCUCGGUUUCAGCCUUGACAGCGGUCCGUCGUCCACUGGCGGGCAAGGAGGUGAGAUGGCUGAGCACAACGAGAAGUCGCGGCGGGAAACCCUCGCUGCAAUCCCUGAAGAGGACGCAGACGAGGAGUAUUACAACGUCGAAGACGUCCACCCGGGCCCUGUCGAGCAUGAGGAUGGUAAAGAUAUGCUUGGUGACCUGGCCCGCUUCCCGGCCGAGCUGCGGGUCUUAAUAUACCAACAGUACUUCUUCGGCGAUGGACUUUCGUGCGAUAUCCGCCGGUCUACAAAAGACAUUAUUCGUGAUUCAAGCGGUGACAGGGAGGACAAUCUGACAACCAAGCCAUGCACGGUGGCCCACUCACUGUCGAGCAACAUCAGUGGCGUCUCCCUACUCCAGACGAACAAGCGGAUAUACGCAGAGUCGCUCCCAGAGCUCUACGCGCAGGCGCGCUUCCGCUUCGACAGGCUGUGCCCGCUGCAGCACUUCCUGAGCGCGACGCCGCCGUCCAGCCUGCGGCACGUGCGGGCGGUGCGGUUCGAGUGGGUGACGUACACGUUCAUCUACGGCUCGGACUACGUGGCGACGUACGUGGAGCGGAUCUGGGGCCCCGUGUGGGCGAGGCUGGUCGGGCUGGAGGGCCUGCGCGAGCUGACCGUGACGGUGAGGCCUGGCUGGGCGGGCGGGUGGACGGUGCUGGGGGCCGCGAGGGAGAGGUGUGAGGAGCUGCUCUUUGGGCCGGUCAGGAGGCUUGAGGGUGGGGGUGUUGUGUUGAGGUGGGCCGAGCCCCUGCAAUCGACGACACACAGCACAUCAGGCGAGGAAUGCUCCCUGGUUAUCUUGUGCAGGUGCUUAGCCGGGGAUGUACGAAGCAUCCGCGAGUCCGCCGCCGACAACUAUGCCGCCGCAAACUUCCCCAAAGACUCGACAGAGAGCCUGAAGCAGCAGGCGAGCUCGGGCUGGUCCCCUGGCGAGGUGGACUUUGGGCUGGGCGACAACAUCCUGAAAGGUGGCGCCAUCGCGCCCAAGCUGGGCAACGAGACGGCCAAGCGCGAGCUCGGCCAUGCCACGUGGAAGUUCCUCCACACCAUGAUGGCGCGGUUCCCCGAGAAGCCGACCCCGGACGACCAGGUCGCCCUCAAGACCUUCAUCACCCUCUUUUCGCGCCUGUACCCCUGCGGCGAGUGCGCCGGCCACUUCCAGAAGCUUAUCGCAAAGUACCCGCCCCAGGUGUCGAGCCGCAACGCCGCCGCCGGGUGGCUGUGCUUCGCCCACAACAUCGUCAACGAGCGGCUCAAGAAGCCCAUCUUCGACUGCAACAAGAUCGGCGACUUUUAUGACUGCGGCUGUGCCGACGACCCGGGCAAGGCCGCCCCCGAGGGCGAGGGGGCCAAGAAGGCUGGCGGGGCCGAGGCGGAGCUCAAGGAGAGGGAGGCUGCUGCGCCGGCUGCGUAG